AUGGAUUCAUGGUUGAAAGAGGAGUCGGUUCCAUCGUCAUUCAUCACGUUAAUGGAUACAGUAACUAUUCAAAAGCAGCCAUACGGUGUGGUUUUAAUAAUAAGCCCUUGGAACUUCCCCUUCAUUUUAUCAUUUCAGCCUCUAAUUGGUGCAAUCGCUGCUGGGAAUAGUGUUCUUCUUAAGCCGUCAGAAUUGACUCCAGCGUGUUCUCAGCUGAUUGCUGAGCUUAUCCCUAAGUAUUUAGAUAAAGAACUAUUGUAUGAUGUAGAUUUAGAUUAUUCCAAGUUGUGUCUAAUCAUAUCGCAAAUUUCUGAUUUGUUACCGUUUAGUUUGGGUGACUGAAACUGGUGUAAAGUAUAUGCUCUCCACUUUUUUAAAGCAUCAAUUGUAAAGCGAGACUGCACCUUUGAAAUUUUCGUCCAACGUCCCGUAGACAGAAUGCUUUCAGUGACGAAGUUGAGUAGAAAAAAUAAAACUGCUGCUUGGACUCUAAUAAUGCUCUAAUACGGGCACGCAUCUGCUU